CGUGCACGUCAUCCAGCGUUAAGAUCUCUCGUCUGCCGCUCACCUGUGGCCCCUGCCCGCGUUAAACACCGAAACCGUCUCAUAUCCGGCCGGUUACGGCUCAACGCUCAAUCUUCAGGCCGGGUCUCCAAUGUAGGCUCAGCGCGAGGAUCCCAGGAGGGCUCGGGCCGGCCAGCCCGGCCCUCCUCGCGCGGCCUUCUGGGAGUGGUAGUUCGGUCGUCAAAGAGCCACACCAAGCCCCGCCCCUCGGCUCCGCUUCCUCUCCGCCCCGGAUGAGUGCGCAGAACGGGGACCGCGGGCGGGGACCCACAGAGCGCCGGACUACAACUCCCGACGGCCGUGGCCCCCAGCAACGUGUCACAGGUGAUGCCAUGGAGAGUGGAAAGCCUGGUCCAGUGCAGGUUGUUUUGGUUCAUAAAGACCAACAUUCCUUCGAACUAGAAGAGAAAGCCUUGGCCAGCAUUCUCUUGCAAGACCACAUCCGAGAUCUUGAUGUGGUUGUGGUGUCAGUGGCUGGUGCCUUUCGAAAGGGCAAGUCUUUCAUUCUGGACUUUAUGCUACGAUACUUAUAUUCUCAGAAGGAGCAUGGCCAUUCAAAUUGGUUGGGUGACCCAGAAGAACCAUUAACAGGAUUUUCAUGGCGUGGGGUCUCUGACCCAGAAACCACUGGGAUUCAAAUCUGGAGUGAAGUUUUCACUGUGGAGAAGCCAGGUGGGAAGAAGGUUGCAGUUGUUCUAAUGGACACCCAGGGGGCCUUCGACAGCCAGUCAACUGUGAAAGACUGUGCUACCAUCUUUGCUCUAAGCACCAUGACUAGUUCUGUUCAGAUUUAUAACUUAUCCCAGAACAUUCAGGAAGAUGAUCUUCAACAGCUGCAGCUCUUCACAGAAUACGGUCGACUGGCAAUGGAUGAAAUUUUCCAAAAACCCUUCCAGACUCUGAUGUUUUUGGUUCGAGACUGGAGUUUUCCUUAUGAAUACAAUUACGGACUACAAGGAGGAAUGGCAUUUUUGGAUAAGCGUUUACAGGUGAAAGAACAUCAACAUGAAGAAAUUCAGAAUGUCCGAAAUCACAUUCACUCAUGUUUCUCUGACGUCACCUGUUUUCUCUUACCACAUCCAGGAUUGCAGGUGGCCACAAGCCCAGACUUUGAUGGGAAAUUGAAAGAUAUUGCUGGUGAAUUCAAAGAGCAGUUACAGGCACUGAUACCAUAUGUAUUAAAUCCAUCUAAGUUAAUGGAAAAGGAGAUCAAUGGCUCAAAAGUUACCUGUCGGGGUCUGUUGGAAUAUUUUAAGGCAUAUAUUAAAAUUUAUCAAGGAGAAGAUCUGCCUCACCCCAAAUCUAUGCUUCAGGCCACUGCUGAAGCCAACAACUUAGCAGCUGCAGCCUCUGCCAAGGACAUUUACUAUAACAACAUGGAAGAGGUUUGUGGGGGAGAGAAACCUUACCUGUCUCCAGACAUUCUAGAGGAGAAACACUGUGAAUUCAAACAACUUGCUCUGGAUCAUUUUAAGAAAACCAAGAAGAUGGGCGGGAAGGAUUUCAGCUUUCGUUACCAGCAGGAGUUAGAGGAGGAGAUCAAGGAACUGUAUGAGAACUUCUGCAAGCACAAUGGUAGCAAGAAUGUCUUCAGCACCUUUAGAACCCCAGCAGUGCUUUUCACAGGCAUCGUGGCUUUGUACAUAGCCUCCGGCCUUACUGGCUUUGUCGGUCUGGAGAUUGUGGCCCAGCUGUUCAACUGUAUGGUUGGGCUGCUGUUAAUAGCUCUCCUCACCUGGGGGUACAUCAGGUACUCUGGUCAGUAUCGUGAGCUGGGCGGAGCUAUUGAUCUUGGUGCAGCGUAUGUAUUAGAGCAGGCUACUUCUCAUAUUGGUAAUUCCACUCAGACAGCCGUGAGAGAUACAGUUGUUGGGAGACCACCUGUGGAUAAAAAAGCUCAAUAGCAUUUUAACGCGAAGAUCUGAUAUGAAGCCAACCAACCCCUACUGAUUUCUGGGUUUCUGCCACGGCCAUAGGUCCAGGUCCAGAGGAACAUCAGGUCUGAGACCAUCCCAGAAGAGCUGAAAUUCAGCACUGUAAUAAAUGAACUGACCUCUCCUGUGGCUUCAAAUUCCUAAACACA